GACUCAAUUAUACGAGAGUGAAAAAAAAAUAGGACUCAGUACAACAGAACUUGAAUUCUCAGCCACAGUCUCAUUGUCUUAUAGGUUCAAGAUGGCGCAGUCAGGAUCAUUAUUGGAGCGCUUGGCAAAUGGCGGGAGUCUGGUGGUCGCGGAAGGAUACAUUUUUGAAUUUGAAAGACGGGGCUAUUUGCAGGCGGGUGCUUUUGUACCAGAAGUGGUCAUCGAACGUCCAGAUUUGGUCAAGAUAAUGCACGAGGAGUUUGUCCAUGCCGGAAGUGAAGUCGUACUAGCAUUUACGUACUACGGCCACCGUGAGAAACUCCGUCUUGUGGGGAGGGAAGAUGAGCUGGAGACGAUGAACAGACGAGCUCUGUCGAUAGCUCGCGAGGUGGCGAGGUCAACGGGGACGUUGUUUGCCGGCAACAUCUGCAACUCCACCAUCUACAAGAGGGAUGACGACAGCUCCAAGAAAGCCACCGAAGCCAUGUUUAAGGAACAAAUUGAGUGGGCAGUAGAGGAAGGCGUCGACUACAUCGUUGGAGAAACUUUUGGUGAGCUUGGCGAGGCUAUGCUUGCACUUGAGUCCAUCAAAAAGUACGGAAAAGGUGUCCCAGCAGUCAUCACACUAGCAUCUGCAGGACACGACUACACUUUUGAUGACGUCCUGUUUGAAGACGCAUGUCGGCAGCUGGAGGAGGCGGGUGCUGCUGUGGUUGGCCUCAACUGUGGCCGAGGUCCGGGCUCUAUCCUUGGUCUGAUGAAGAAAAUCAGGGCCGCCUGUAAGGGUCCUAUAGCGUGUCUACCUGUACCGUACAGAACCUCUGAGAAGUUCCCCACCAUGCAAUCUCUUCAAGACCCGGACACAGGUAAACAGUCGUUCCCGUAUGACUUACCUGGCCACACGUGCACAAGAAGUGAGAUAGAAAACUUCGCCAAGUCCUGUAAGGAGCUGGGAGUCAACUAUGUUGGUCUGUGUUGUGGUAAUUGUUCACAUUACACCAGGAUUGUGGCAGAGGUCUAUGGACGCAAGCCACCAGCCAGUCGUUUCUCUCCUGACAUGUCGAAACAUUUCAUGUACGGGGACAAAUCCAAGUUUGACCAGUACCACACUGAAGAGAUGGUCAAGUUUACCAAGGCUGACAACUAGACAUUGUAGGCUUAGGGCAUAAAAAUUAUAACACGAUAACCUGUUAAAAUAUAAGGUUAUAGAAUGUGCUGUUUUAACAAUAUUUUAGGAUAUGUAAUUGUUUUUUUAGUCCAUUAAACUAAAGAUAAUUUUUGAAAACAUAA